GCGGAGGAAGGAACCGGAGCUGGACGAGCUGAAGCAGGAGGUGAUCAUGGACGAGCACAAGAUCAGCGUCGAGGAGCUCUUCUCGCGGCUGAAAACGAACUCGGACAGCGGACUGACCUUCUCGCAGGCAAAGGCCGUGUUGGAACGGGACGGUCCAAAUGCGCUGACGCCGCCGAAGAAGACGCCCGAGUGGGUGAAAUUUUGCAAGCAGCUCUUUGGCGGAUUUGCACUGCUCCUCUGGAUCGGCGCCGUCCUCUGCUUUCUCGCCUACUCGAUUCAGGCGAGCACGCUGGAGGAGCCCUCGCCGGAUAAUUUGUACCUCGGCAUCGUCCUCGCCGGCGUCGUCAUCAUCACCGGCUGCUUCAGCUACUACCAGGAGGCAAAGUCCUCUGCCAUCAUGGAAAGUUUCAAGAACAUGGUCCCGCAGUAUGCGACCGUCGUCCGCGAAGGCCAGAAGAACAUCAUCCCCGCGGAGGACAUUGUCAUUGGCGAUGUGAUCGAGGUGAAGGGCGGGGAUCGGGUGCCGGCCGAUAUUCGCAUCCUCAAGUCGCAUGGCUGCAAGGUGGACAACAGCUCGCUGACGGGCGAAUCAGAGCCGCAGACCCGCUCUCCGGAGCUGACGCACGAUAACCCGCUGGAGACGCGCAAUUUGGCCUUCUUCUCCACCAACUGUGUCGAGGGCACCGCCCAGGGCGUGGUGAUCAACACCGGCGAUCGGACGAUCAUGGGCCGCAUUGCCAAUCUCGCCAGUGGGCUGGAGAUGGGCGAGACGCCCAUUGCGAGGGAGAUCGAGCACUUCAUCCACAUCAUCACCGGCGUGGCCGUCUUCCUCGGCGUCACCUUCUUCGUCAUCUCCUUCAUCCUCGGCUACCACUGGCUGGACGCGGUCAUCUUCCUCAUCGGCAUCAUCGUCGCCAAUGUUCCGGAGGGUCUGCUCGCUACGGUCACCGUCUGCCUGACUCUCACGGCAAAGUGGAGNAGAAUGGCCAGCAAGAACUGCCUGGUGAAGAACCUGGAGGCGGUGGAGACGCUGGGCAGCACCUCGACCAUCUGCUCGGACAAGACGGGGACGCUGACGCAGAAUCGAAUGACCGUCUCGCACAUGUGGUUCGACGGAAAAAUAGUGGAGGCGGACACCACCGAGGACCAGUCCUCGGGCGCCGCGGCCCGCUGGGACAAGAGCAGCUCGCCCUGCUGGCGCUCCCUUAGCCGCGCCUGCUGUUUGUGCAGUCGGGCGGAGUUUAAGCCCGGUCAGGAGGCGAUUGCCGUGCUGAAGCGCGACUGCACCGGCGACGCCUCCGAGUCGGCCAUCCUCAAGUGCAUGGAAAUAGCCAUCGGCGGCGUGGAGGACUACCGCCGGCGAAACUGCAAGAUCUGCGAGAUUCCCUUCAACUCCACCAACAAGUACCACCUGACGAUCCACGAGACGGAGGAGCGGCGGGAGGUGGUGGGUGAUGGGGAAGCUUCGGCGGACCCGAAUUCCUACUCCUCCUGCUACCUCCUGGUGAUGAAGGGCGCUCCGGAGCGGGUCCUCGAGCGGUGCACCACCGUCUUCAACAACGGCGUCGAGGUGGUGAUUGACGAGCCCUUUAGGGCGGCCUUCCACGCCGCCUACCUCGAGCUGGGCGGCCUGGGCGAGCGGGUGAUCGGCUUCUGCGACUAUCGGCUGCCGGUGGAGCGGUACCCGCCCGGGUACCCUUUCGACCCGGAUGAGGGCAACUUUCCGCUGGACGGGCUUCGAUUUCUGGGCCUCGUUUCGAUGAUUGACCCGCCGAGGGCGGCGGUGCCGGAUGCGGUGGCGAAGUGCCGGUCCGCUGGCAUCAAGGUCAUCAUGGUCACGGGGGAUCAUCCAAUCACCGCGAAGGCCAUCGCCAAGGCGGUGGGCAUCAUCAGCGAGGGCACCGAGACGGUGGAGGACAUUGCCCUGCGGCUGGGCGUUCCCGUGGAGGAGGUCGACCCGGCGGAGGCGAAGGCGGCCGUCGUCCACGGCCAGGAGCUGAAGGACAUGAAGGAGAGUGUGCUGGAUCAGAUUCUGCGCAACCACACGGAGAUUGUCUUUGCGCGGACGUCGCCGCAGCAGAAACUGUGCAUCGUCGAGUCGUGUCAGCGGGCGGGAGCCAUCGUCGCCGUCACCGGCGACGGCGUCAACGACUCGCCCGCCCUGAAGAAGGCCGACAUUGGCAUCGCCAUGGGCAUCGCCGGCUCGGACGUGUCGAAGCAGGCCGCCGACAUGAUCCUCCUCGAUGACAACUUCGCCUCCAUCGUGACCG